AAGAGAGGGACACGGAUCCUAGGGUAUAAAUUGAGACGAUGUGCUUGUGCCCGUGCAAUAUGUGGGGGCACUUGGUUGCCUCGUGCGCGCGAAGAAUGGGCAAAGGUGCGAGAGACGAAGUGAUCAUAGCCAAGGAGAAGUGGAUCCAGAGGCUGCACCGCAAAAUCUGCAACGCCUGGGAUGAAUUUGGACCUGACCACGGCCCAGUUAUCCGAGUUCCUGAUACAUUGGAGGACCGGCCGAAGCAAGGCCAUAACGAUGCCUCGUCAAAUGGCAAUCCUGGGUUGCCUCCUCACGUUCCGUACCACAGCGCCUCGAACUCCUCACGAAAUUCUGCUGAGUUUCUGUGGUCUGCUGCCACGCUCGACCAUCGUUCCAUUUCAGUAGAUUCGUCUCGCACCUCCGGUGAUCCGAGCGAAGCGUCAGACCCCAGCAAAAAUGCUUCUUCGAAAUAUUCCUGGCCAAAAAAUCGAAUCGUUCGUCAACCCAAGUGGCUGCAGGACGUGCCCGACAAAAACAUUGUGGAAGCGUUGAAAUCCAGUGAG